UUCACCCAGUCUAGCUCGCCUCCAGCCGUGCCCCGCCCAUUCUCCAGGAAGCCGCCAGGAAGCGUACGGGCUGAGUGGACUCUUUCACUUUUCAGCAGGGCGGUUUCUGAGAGGCGGAGUUCAGUCCCCCAUUUCCGUUUUCCCGCGGCGUAAUCCCGGGCGGCGGCGCCUGGACCCGCUGGCUUCGGACACUCCCGCGCCGGGCCCAGCGCUGUGCGUGGCCCCAGAGGUAGCAUGGGCGGCGCCCGGGACGUGGGCUGGGUGGCGGCGGGCCUGGUCCUCGCGGCCGGCGCCUGCUACUGCUUCUACAAGCUGACGCGGGGCCGGAGACGAGGCGGCCGCCAGCUUCGACUGCGUCCCUCGCGGUCCGCAGAAGACUUAACCAGUGGAUCAUAUGAUGACACCCUAAAUGCUGAACAAGUUCAGAAACUCCUUUACCUGCUUGAAUCGACUGAGGAUCCUGUCAUUAUCGAACGAGCUUUGGUCACUCUGGGUAACAAUGCAGCCUUUUCGGCCAACCAAAUCGUUAUUCGUGAAUUGGGUGGUAUUCCAAUUGUUGGAAGCAAAAUCAACAAUCCCAAUCAGAGUAUUAAAGAAAAAGCUUUAAAUGCACUGAAUAACCUGAGUGUGAAUGUUGAAAAUCAAAUCAAGAUAAAGGUAUACAUCAGUCAAGUCUGUGAGGAUGUCAUCUCUGGCCCCCUGAACUCUGCUGUGCAACUGGCUGGGCUGAGGUUGUUAACAAACAUGACAGUGACCAAUGACCACCAGGACGUGCUUAGCGGUUAUGUUACAGACCUGUUCCACGUGUUGGUCACAGGAAACGGAAGCACCAAGGUUCAAGUUUUGAAGCUUCUUUUGAAUUUGUCUGAAAAUCCAGCCAUGACAGAUCGACUUCUUGAUGCCCAAGUGGACUCAUCAUUCCUUUCGCUUCUUGAUGGCCAUGUACCGAAGGAGAUUCUUCUUCGAGCUCUCACACUGCUUCAGAACAUAACUAACUGCCUCAACGAAGAGCACCGUUUAGCUGCGCAGCCAACUUUCCCUGAAGGUUCACUGUUUUCCCUGUUGUAUGGAAAAGAAUGCACCCAGAAAAUGAAAGCUUUAGUUCAUCACCAUGAUGCAGACGUGAAGGAGAAGGUAACAAUGAUACCAAAAUUCUAAUUGGUUGGUCAUAUUGUUCCAAAGAGUAAUGCAGUCCAGAAGUAAUACACAGAAAUUUCUCUUUCACCUUCCUCACAAAGAGAUUCUUUCAGCUGCUGAAUUUAAACAGUAAAUAUCAUGUACUGUAAAUACAUUUCAUCUUCAACACA